AGGUGGGCUGUGUGCAGUGAACUGGAAUGCUCUCCCUCGCUCACUCCUCAGUGCAGGAGUGACGUGAAGCAGGACAAGCUCGGGCUGCAGCUGCCGCUGGCUUUGUGUGGACUGGACUCAGCGCUUGGGAGAAGGGGGAGGGUUGCUACUCCAAUUCACUGUCAAUGGAAUUACAGCGAUAACGGCAGUGUAUGUAGGAUUGCCUUUUCUCAUCUUCCUGGAGAUGCUCAGUCCCAGUAUAUUUUAAGGAAGAGAAAAAUAAAAGAAAUUUAGUAUGCUUCCUUUUUGCUCCAUGAAGAAUAUUUGUUUCCUUUGCCUCUAAAAAGAGAAUUCUUGCUCUUGUGUGACGUGACUGCAUCCGAAACUGAGAAAGCUACAGAAGCAAAAGCUGGAAAUAGCUAUUUCACAGCAGGGCUCUGAACUGACAGAAGCUACCUUGUGUUAAAGACCUCGACACUUUGACCAUGAUCAGCCCAGCCUGGAGCAUCUUCCUCCUAGGGACUAAAAUUGGACUGUUCCUUCAAGUGGCACCUCUAUCAGCUACAACUAAAUCCUGCCCAUCUGUGUGUCGAUGUGAUGCGGGUUUCAUUUACUGUAACGAUCGCUUCCUGACAUCCAUUCCAACAGGAAUACCAGAGGAUGCUACAACUCUGUACCUUCAGAACAACCAAAUAAAUAACGCUGGGAUUCCUUCAGAUCUGAAAAACUUGUUGAAAGUAGAAAGAAUCUACCUAUACCAUAACAGUUUAGAUGAAUUUCCUACCAACCUCCCAAAGUAUGUCAAAGAGUUACACUUACAAGAAAAUAACAUUAGAACUAUCACUUAUGAUUCGCUUUCAAAAAUUCCCUAUCUGGAGGAAUUACACUUAGAUGAUAACUCUGUCUCUGCUGUUAGCAUCGAAGAGGGAGCAUUCCGCGACAGCAACUAUCUCCGUCUGCUUUUCCUGUCUCGGAACCAUCUUAGCACAAUUCCCUGGGGCUUGCCCCGGACUAUUGAAGAACUACGGCUGGAUGAUAAUCGCAUAUCCACUAUUUCGUCACCAUCUCUUCAAGGUCUCACUAGCCUAAAGCGCCUGGUUUUAGAUGGAAACCUGUUGAACAACCAUGGUUUAGGUGACAAAGUUUUCUUCAACCUUGUAAACUUAACUGAACUAUCACUGGUGCGAAACUCCUUGACUGCUGCACCAGUUAACCUUCCAGGCACAAACCUGAGGAAGCUUUACCUCCAAGAUAACCACAUCAACCGGGUGCCCCCGAAUGCUUUUUCUUAUCUAAGGCAGCUCUAUAGACUUGACAUGUCAAACAAUAACCUAAGUAAUUUGCCUCAGGGUAUCUUUGAUGAUUUGGACAAUAUAACCCAGCUGAUCCUUCGCAACAAUCCCUGGUAUUGUGGGUGCAAGAUGAAAUGGGUCCGUGACUGGUUACAGUCAUUACCUGUGAAGGUCAAUGUGCGUGGGCUCAUGUGCCAAGCUCCAGAAAAAGUCCGUGGGAUGGCUAUCAAGGACCUCAAUGCAGAACUGUUUGACUGUAAGGACAGUGGGAUUGUGAGCACCAUUCAGAUAACCACUGCAAUACCUAACACAGUGUAUCCAGCUCAAGGACAGUGGCCAGCUCCAGUGACCAAACAAGCGGAUGCUAAGAAUCCCAAGCUUCCUAAGGAUCAGCGAACUACAGGGAGUCCCUCAAGAAAAACAAUUACAAUUACUGUGAAGUCAGUCACCCCUGACACAAUUCAUAUUUCUUGGAAACUUGCUCUACCUAUGACUGCUUUAAGACUCAGCUGGCUUAAACUGGGUCAUAGCCCAGCGUUUGGAUCUAUAACUGAAACAAUUGUAACAGGUGAACGCAGUGAAUAUUUGGUCACAGCCUUGGAGCCUGAUUCACCAUAUAGAGUAUGCAUGGUUCCCAUGGAAACCAGUAACCUCUACCUAUUUGAUGAAAAUCCUGUUUGCAUUGAGACAGAAACAGCACCCCUUCGAAUGUACAACCCUACAACCACCCUCAAUCGAGAGCAAGAGAAAGAACCUUACAAAAACCCCAAUUUACCUUUGGCUGCCAUCAUUGGAGGAGCUGUGGCCCUGGUGACCAUUGCCCUGCUGGCUUUAGUGUGUUGGUAUGUCCAUAGGAAUGGAUUGCUGUUCUCAAGGAACUGUGCGUACAGCAAGGGGAGGAGAAGAAAGGAUGACUAUGCAGAGGCAGGCACGAAGAAGGACAACUCUAUCCUGGAGAUCAGGGAGACUUCUUUUCAGAUGUUACCCAUAAGCAAUGAACCCAUCUCAAAGGAGGAGUUUGUAAUACACACCAUUUUUCCUCCUAAUGGAAUGAAUCUGUACAAAAACAAUCACAGUGAAAGCAGUAGUAACCGAAGCUACAGAGACAGUGGUAUCCCAGACUCCGAUCACUCACACUCAUGAUGCUGGAGGAUUCACAGCACACUGUGCUUCAGGGUUUUGAAACCUAAGUGAUGUGCUGGUAGGGACCCUGUUCUACUGCGAAACACUGGAAAAAUGGACUGGAAAAAAAAAAAGCAAUGUACUGUACAUUUGCCAUA